UCAUUUCUAUAGACUACUGUUGCGGAAUUUCCGAGCGCCGAUUGCGGGGAUGAUGAGCGCCUGAACGCGUCGGGUAUCAAGUUUUUCUUUUCCUGUGGCUUGAACUUUUCUCGGAAUUCGACUCUCUUCAGUUUCAGGUUCAUCAUGGUGGACGCGGCUGAAUGUGGGGUAAAGGUGAUGUGCCGCUUCAGGCCACUUAACAAGUCGGAAAUCAACCGAGGGGACAAAUACACCCCUAAAUUUAAAGGAGAGGACACCGUUGUUGUUUCGGGUAAACCCUACAUAUUUGACCGUGUUCUUCCUCCAAACACAAACCAAGAGCUGGUCUAUGAUUCCUGCGCUAAACAGAUUGUUAAUGAUGUCCUUGGUGGAUACAAUGGAACCAUUUUUGCCUACGGCCAGACCUCAUCAGGGAAGACCCACACCAUGGAGGGGAAUCUGCAUGACCCAGAGCAUAAGGGCAUCAUUCCUCGCAUCUCACAGGACAUCUUCGACCACAUCUACUCCAUGGAUGAGAACCUAGAGUUCCAUAUCAAAGUGUCCUAUUUUGAGAUUUACUUAGACAAAAUCAGAGAUCUGUUGGAUGUUUCCAAGACCAACCUUGCUGUACAUGAAGACAAAAACAGGGUACCAUAUGUAAAGGGCUGCACAGAGCGCUUUGUAUCCAGUCCAGAGGAGGUAAUGGACGUUAUUGAUGAAGGCAAGGCUAAUCGACAUGUAGCCGUCACAAACAUGAAUGAACACAGCUCGCGCAGUCACAGCAUCUUUCUGAUUAACAUCAAGCAGGAGAACGUGGAGACGGAGAAGAAGCUGAGUGGAAAGCUCUACCUUGUGGAUCUGGCUGGUAGUGAAAAGGUCAGUAAAACAGGAGCAGAAGGAGCCGUAUUGGAUGAAGCUAAAAACAUCAAUAAAUCUCUCUCUGCUUUGGGAAACGUCAUCUCAGCCCUGGCUGAGGGAACCAAGACACACGUGCCGUACCGAGACAGUAAGAUGACGAGGAUCCUGCAGGACUCUUUGGGUGGAAACUGCAGGACCACCAUCAUCAUCUGUUGCUCUCCAUCUGUCUUCAAUGAGGCGGAGACCAAGUCCACACUCAUGUUUGGCCAAAGAGCCAAGACCAUCAAGAACACGGUGUCUGUCAACAUGGAUCUGACUGCUGAGGAGUGGAAGAAGAAAUAUGAAAAGGAGAAAGAGAAGAACCGAGACCUGAAGAUUAUCAUUCAGCGGCUGGAGAAUGAGCUGAAACGAUGGAGGAAAGGCGAGGCAGUCCCGAUCGAAGAGCAGCGUAGCAGUAAGGAAAUAAAGAACUCCGAACCCAAGCCUGUUAUUGAUGCUCUGGCCCCACCACCCCAGCCUCUCUCUGACACUGAGAAGACUCAAUAUGAGUCUCUAAUCAAUGACCUCUACCAGCAGCUGGAUGAUAAGGACGAUGAGAUAAAUCAGCAGAGUCAGCUGGCGGAAACACUGAAGCAGCAGAUGGUGGAUCAGGAUGAGCUGUUGGCAUCGAUGCGGCAGAACUGCGAGAAGCUUCAAGAGGAGAUGAUGCGUCUGCAGCGUGAGCAUGAGGCAGCCAAAGAGGAGGUGAAGGAGGUGCUUCAGGCUCUGGAGGAGCUCGCCGUCAACUACGACCAGAAGAGCCAUGAGCUGGAAGAGAAAGGAAGGAGCAAUAAUCAGCUGAAUGAUGAGCUGUCACACACGAGCACUCGUCUAGCCAGCGUGGAGAGGGAAUUUGCAACGCUGCAAGAAGUCAGUGGACACUACAAGAGGAGAUCUGCAGAGAUCCUCGCCAUGCUGCUCAGAGACCUCAGUGAGAUGGGCUCUGUCAUCGGCACCAGCGAUCUCAAAAGUAUGGCCGAUGGACAUGGAGCGAUGGAGGAAGAGUUUACCAUGGCGCGCCUCUACAUCAGCAAGAUGAAGUCAGAGGUGAAGUCGCUGGUGAACCGCAGCAAACAGCUGGAGGGAGCUCAGGCCGAAACGACCCGCAAGAUUCAGGCCAAUGAGAAAGAGCUCGCCUCCUGCCAACUCCUCAUCUUACAGCUCCAAGCCAAGAUCAAAUCGCUGACCGACUACAUGCAGAACAUGGAGCAGAAGAAGAGGCAGCUGGAGGAGAGCCAGGACUCACUGAUGGAAGAGUUGGCUAAACUCCACGCUCAAGAAAAUAUGCAUGAGGUGUCCGUGAUGGAUAAAGAGAAGGAGCACAUGAACAAGAUGAAAGAUGCUGAAGAAAUGAAGACAGCUCUGCAAGAGCAGAUGGAAAGUCAUGGUGAGACCCAUCAGAAGCAGCUCUCACGCCUCCGAGAUGAGAUCGAUGAGAAACAGAAACUCCUGGAUGAGCUAAAAGAUAUGAAUCAGGCACUUCAGCUGGAGCGGAAAAAGCUUCUGUCUGACAAUGAGAAGCUCAGACAGGAAGAACUGGAGAAGGAAGAAAAGCUACAGACACUAAUCCUAUUAAAUGAGAAACGGGAGCAGGCUAAAGAAGAUCUGAAGGGUCUUGAGGAGACUGUGACAAAAGAGCUCCAGACUCUUCACAAUCUGCGUAUACUCUUCAUCGAGGAUCUUAACGCACGUGUCAGGACAAAUGUGGAGUUGGAUUCAGACGAGGCGGGCGGCACACUGGCUCUGAAACAGAAGAUCAGCUUCCUGGAGAAUAAUCUGGAACAGCUCACCAAAGUUCACAAACAGUUGGCGCGAGACAACGCAGAGCUGCGCUGUGAGCUGCCCAAACUGGAGAAGCGUCUUCGAGCCACGACCGAAAGAGUAAAAUCACUAGAGGCAGUGCUGAGGGACGCCAAGGAGAAGGCCAUGAGGGACCGCAAGCGCUACCAGCAGGAGGUGGAGCAUAUCAAAGAGGCUGUCAAGGCCAAGAACCAAGCCAGAAGGAACCAUACUGCACAGAUCGCCAAACCUAUUCGUGCUGGUCAUCAUCACCCAGCAGCCACUGGCUCACCAAGCCAUUCAAUCAGAGGAGGAGCAGGAGCAGCAGUGCGAGCAGCAGUGCCCAGCCCACGCCAUCAUCAUUAUCAGAUGCAGCAAGCUCAGCACUACCACCGCAGCAGCAGUGGCAGCAGCGGCAAGUGAGCAAUGUCUGGAGUAUUGGAGAAUGCAGAACAUCUCCUUGGACGUUCUUUCCUUUAAGUCUUCAUCCAUCAAUGAGAUUAGGCACAACCGCUAACACCUCUUAUCAUAUUCAGGA